CUGACCAGCAGCAGAGCCAGAACGCAUGCACCGGCCGCCAGGGCCUCCACACGGCGGGGCCUGUGGGCUCCCUGUGCCCUCUGUCCCGACUGCAGGUGAAGCCAGAGGUCCUCAGCCACCCGGAGCAGUUCUCUCUGAUCUACUCGGCACACCCCUUCAUCGUGCCUGGCGGGCGCUUCGUGGAGUUCUACUACUGGUGAGCAGCCAGGCCUGCAGGGCGGGAGUCGGGGAGCCCGGGGCCAGCGGGCUGUCCCGAGCAGAGGGGGGCACCCUGACUGGCCCGGGUGCACAGGCCGGUGCGCGAGCUGUCCGUUUCCCCAGGGACUCCUACUGGGUGAUGGAGGGGCUGCUCCUCUCUGAGAUGCCCGGGACGGUGAAGGGCGUGCUGCAGAACUUCCUGGACCUGGUGCGGAUCUACGGACACGUCCCCAACGGGGCCCGCGUGUAUUACCUGCAGCGGAGCCAGCCCCCCCUCCUGACUCUCAUGAUGGACCGCUACGUGACCCACACCAACGACACCGCCUUCCUCCGGGACAACAUCGGGACCCUAGCCUUGGAAUUGGACUUCUGGAUGGAGAACGGGAGCAUCUCUGUGAGCUCGGGUGGGAAGAGCUACGUCCUGAACCACUAUGCUGUCCCUUAUGGGGGACCCAGGUAAGGAGCCGCCUGCCAACCUCUCGGUCUCUCGUUAUUCACUCUGGUCUGAGGGCCAUGACUUAGCCCCGC